AUGGCGGGCCAGAUCUUCGUCAUCUUCGAGCAUUCAAAGCAUCACAAGCAACCGCGGCCAUGUCGCGCAUUCGAGAGCUUCCAGCGGGAAAGCGAGGACAUGGUCUUCGAGUCUGAUGUUAUGACCACAUUGUUUCCUCGACUAUGCGGCACAUCCGACAUUACCAGCAAACAGAACGUUCUGUUCACCGAACUUGAGCCAAUCACGGAUGACAACGCGGUGAAGCCGAAACCGGACUUUUUCGACGGAGCAUGUCUACGAGAUCUCAGCAUGGAACUCCGGACGGAUGAGGAUCUUCGAUCAACGGUUAUCCCCACUAAACACCCCAGCGUCCCCGUAGCACCAAACUUCUUCCUCGAGGUUAAGGGGCCAGACGGUAAUGCGGCUGUGGCCCAGAGGCAGGCGUGCUACGAUGGAGCGUAUGGAGUCCGCGCUAUGCACGACUUGCAAAACUAUAGGGGGGUUGAGCUGGCAUAUGAUGGCAAUGCGUAUACAUUCAGCUCGACCUUCCACGCCGGCACGGGCACGCUUCAGCUCUACUCGCAUCAUGUCACGCCGCCAAGCACUGUUGAUGGGCCUCCCGAGCGCCACAUGGCCCAAGCAGGGGCCAACUGA